GACGGAGCAACAGCCACAGCAUUUCUCCGGCCGCCGGCGUUACUGUCUUAGCAACGGCACACCGUAGCUUUGUGGAGAUGGAGUCCUUCGUCACUAUACAAUUCGCUGGAUCAUGCUUACGUGGGAACAACUAACUUCUUUCGCGUCCGUGGGCGCGUCCGUCGGCCUCUUUCACGGCAUUCGCUAUGGCUGCUUGAAUCGCUUGCAGGCGGCCAUCGAUCGACAUGGCUCGCCCGACCGCACGACCCAUUUGAUGAAAACCAAAGCUCCUCUCGACGUCGCCACCAUUGUCGCGCAAUGCGUGUGCAGCACGAUUGGCCUUGUCCACUUUCGGCCGCUGCUCCCCGCGCUGGCAGAGUACGUGGCAGACCCCCAGCACAUCUCGUUCAACUACAGCUCGAACGAACAUCACGUUCUCUUCACAUCGACUCUGCUCGUCGUCGGCGGAUACAUCUGGUCGCUGUUGUUUGCGCCGAAGUCGGCCGUCUCCAUCAUCCACCACGUGUUACUUUUGGGCUUGAUCGUUGCUGCCACGAGUUUCAACGUUGCGGUCGAAGUUGCUGCUGUGUACACUGUGUCAACAUUUCUCACGAUGCAGCCUGUGCUGAUCGCCGACGCCCUCUUCCGCGCCAAGAGCUCUUGGGCUUCUCCCUUGCUUCGUACAGCUUUGGUGUACUAUGGCAUCGUCAAAGCGGUCGCCGCGUUCGUGCUGUGGGGAAUUCUGAACGCCCAAACUACCACCCAGUUCAUCGCUCAAGGCACGAUCGUGUGGACUCUGUCAACCAUCCAUAUCAUCAACUUCUUGCGCAUGAUCGACCACUACAACGUCGCCCGCACAUGGCUCCCGAUUGACUGUGCUACGUCCGACUCGAUCAUCGCUGCGGCGCUCGGCUUCGCCAAGACCAAGUCCCUCAAAGCUUAACCAUACUAUCAUCUCCAAUUACAUUCCAAUCCUUCCAGCCCAUGUUUUCAGCCACUUAAGGCC